UGGUCAGAUGUGUGAAUUCGCCAUGUGUUUGCGGGAGUGUGACCUCGCACCUGACGCGACGCGCGAACGCACCGUUUGGCACGAGCCCGCGCACACAGGUAUAUAAAGACCCCAGAGUCGAGUCUGAGCAUCAGUCCGAUCGGAAUUUACUCUUCAGCUUCUCUGUCCACGACACGAUGGAGAAACUCACUUUGACGCACGGAUUCAACUCUGAAACAAACGCGACGCGGCCCUGGAGACCCUGGAUCCACAAAAGCAGAACCAAUAAGCCUUAUGAGCGAGCAUCAGCUGGUGACCAUCACUUGAAGGCCCCUGUGAUCACACACCCGGUGAAGUUGUUCUGGCCCAAAUCUCGCUGUUUUGAUUAUCUGUACCUGGACGCUGAGAUCCUCCUGCGCAGUUAUCCGGUUCAGGCCACAAUCUGCCUGUGUGAGGACUCGGACAGCGAUGAUGAUGAUGAUGAUGAUGAAGAAGAGGAGCAUGAGAAGGAACUCAGCUGAAGACCUUCAUCACUUUAUUCAUAGACACUGAACUCUGAUUCACUUUAUUCAGUCAAUGCAUGUAAAUAGUUGUGAAUAUGUAUAUAAAACUGGAGGUUUGAAUGUAAAUAGAUUUUAUUUUUUAGUAUUUAUGAUAAAUUAUUCUACAUGCCAGCUGUAA